UAAGGCGGGGUUUCUGGGAGCGGGUGGGCGUCUGUCCCUGGGGGGGGAGGGGUCUUAGAGUCCCAGGAGCAGAGCUUCCAGCCCGUGCCCGAUGGUCUCAGGGAAACGCAGAUGGGGAAACUGAGGCAUAGAAGGAAGCACCUAGAGAGAAAGACGCGGGCUUUCUGACCCCUGUGAGGGCACAGAGCCCCCCCCCCCUCAAAUCCCCCCCCCCCAGCCCGGUCCUUCCUCAUGGAACAGAACCCCAGCCCCGCCCCCCCCAGGUCGUGCCUGGCCCCUGCUGGGGGGAUCCAACACCCGCUGCCCCGCCCCUCACACGGCUGAGGAGGAGGCGGCUGGCACCCCUCGGUGCCCGCCCAGCGCAUCCCAGCCCCCACCCUCUGAUCCGACACCCCCUGCCCCACCCCUCACACGGCUGAGGAGGAGGCGGCUGGCACCCCUCGGUGCCCGCCCAGCUCCCCAGCCCCCUACCCUCUGAUCCGACACCCCCUGCCCCGCCCCACACACGGCUGAGGAGGAGGCGGCUGGCACCCCUCGGUGCCCGCCCAGCGUCCCAGCCCCUCCCCGGCCAAGCUGGGCUUCAUGCCUGUGACCUCCCCCAUCUCCGAGCCUGGGGGGAGGGGCCUUGCCAAGGGGGGAAGAAGUUGAGGUGCCGGGGGCAGAGCCCCCACAGAGAGUGGCGGAGCUGGGGCUGGAGCCGGGGAAGGUAGGAAACAUGCCCGGAGCCUCAGGACUUCAUGGGCAAAGCUAGUGGAUGACUUCAUGGAGAGUGCCGGGAGCCGCUUGCUCUGCUUUUGCCCAACUGUGGGACGGAAAUGGCCCCUUUUUCUCCAUUAUCAUAAAGAAUCCUUUCAGAUACUGAGAGUGCAGAAUCCAGGCCCCUUUCAGCUGUCAGUUAGGAACCCGAGUCGGAGUCCGCGAGGGCUCCCCCGGUGACCUCUGUAGCAUCAGCCGUUUGUUUCCCAACCCGAGGCAGGGGCAGAAGGAGGCUCAGCGCAGAUGCCCCAGCGUCGCGUUCUCUUCAGUUCCUGGUGUUCCCUCGUAGUUCCCCUUCUGGCACUUAGAGCACAACCUUCCAGCCCUAAUGAGGGAGAGCACAUGACCUUGGGCCUUAUUCUGACUGCAAACCGGCGAUAUGUGGUAGAGUAUACAGUUGCUCAGUCUGAGUCUGCAGGGGAUGGGCCCCCUGGUGGGGAGAAAGCUUUGCAACCCUGAGGAAAGGAGCCCGGCUGGAGAGAUGCUGGCCCCGGGGGAAGCGAUGGCCGUGGUGGUCCCAAAGCCCCGAGUGCUUCGGCUGCACAAACAAAGCGACGGCCUGGCCCUGGACGCCCCCAGCAGGCAGGAAGGCACGGCGGCUGCCGAGUCCUCGGACCCCGAAGCUUCUCGUCAGAAUUUCCGGCACUUUCAGUACACAGACGUGGCCGGGCCCCGCAAGGCCCUGAGCCAGCUCCGAGAACUCUGCCUGCAGUGGCUGAGGCCCGAGAUUCAUAACAAGCAUCAGAUCCUGGAGCUCUUGGUGCUGGAGCAAUUCCUGACCAUCCUGCCCAGGGAGAUCCGGGCUUGGGUAAAGUCCCAGCACCCCGACAGCAGCGAGGAGGUGGUGAGCCUGGUGGAGAACUUGGCCCAUGUGCACCAGGGAGAAGCUCAGCCUUCUCAAGGCCCUGGCUUUUCUCCCAGGAGCCCCAAAGAUGAAGAAAAGGCCAGUGUUUUCUUGGCCACCAGUUCUCAGAAUGAAUGGACACCUGUGGACCUGGCUCAAAGUUGCAGGGAAACCAAGCAAGAGAAGCAUCGGAACCUCCUGCCGUUGGGGGCCCCAGUUCCCAAACCUGAUGUGAUCCCUGAGCUGGAUGCAGGGAAGGAACCCUGGGUCUCAGCUGUACAGGGACCGGAAGAGCUCCUGGGCCCAGAGAGGGACUGUCCAGCCUGGGAGAGUAGAACGGAGGUGAAGGGGUUGGCUGCUCCGGAAGAUGUUGCUGAAGCACUCACACUCUCCAGAUCAGUAACAAAAAGGCCCAGAAGGAACAUGGCCCUGGGUUCCACAUUAAGAGAAGUGGCUGAAAAUGAGGACAAAUUGGGGAGACAGAAGGUAAGCCCUGCUCGAGUGAGUCCCAGGAGGGCUUUGUUCCCAAGGAGUUUCAGGAAAGUGACUUUUUCCCCCAAAAUGGCCUGUGGGGAGAGCGGCCACGACCCGGAUGGAGCCCAGAGAGCCUUCAGUCCCAACUCCAAGCUGGACGCCCAUCCAAGGAGCCCAGCCAGAGAGAGAGCCCGCUCCCUGGGAGCGCGUGGGAAAAUCUUCAGGCAGUUUUCAGACCCAAUUAAGUGCAAGAGGAUCCGCGUGGGUCAGAAAGCGUACAAGUGUAAGGAGUGUGGGAAAACCUUCAGCGACUGCUCCACCUGCAUCCGGCACCAGCGAGUGCACACAGGCGAGAAGCCCUACCGGUGCCAGGAGUGCGGGGAAGCCUUCACCCGCAGCACGUCCCUGAUCGAGCACCAGCGGGUGCACACGGGCGAGAAGCCCUACGACUGCCACGAGUGCAAGAAAGCCUUCACCCGCCGCUCGUCCCUCAUCAAGCACCAGCGUGUGCACACAGGUGAAAAGCCCUACGAGUGCGGCGCCUGUGGGAAAGCCUUCAGUCACGGCUUGGCCCUCAUCAUCCACCAGAGGAUUCACACCGGAGAAAAGCCCUACAAAUGUGACCAGUGUGUUAAGGCCUUCAGUAACAGCUCGGCCCUCAUCCGGCACCAGCAGCACCAUGGCGUCUAGCCACCUUCUUGCACUGUCCGGGACACCGACUCCCCUCCGUGCCCUGGACAGGCCCCAUCCCCAUGCCGCUCAGCCUGCAGGGACCCAGGCCUACCACAGGAUCCCCUUGGCCUCUUGGUCUUCUGGUCCCUCUUCCCCAGUACUCUGGUUCUUGUGGCCCCCCCGCCAUCCAGACCACCCUUAAGGGGUGGUUUCUCUUCUGCCCUAGGUCCCCUUCCUCUGCCCUGAUGUUCAUGGUCCUUGUGCUGAUGGAGAAGUCUCUGCUCUAGAACAACUUCAAUCCCAAAUUUCUCGGAAUCUCGUCCUCGGUGCCUCCCAUUCUCUCUCUUUUCUCCUAAACACAGUCACUGUUCUGUGAGUCCGGUGUUCAAGCCUGACCACUAAACCCAUGAUGGCUCCGAGACCAUUCUGUUCGGAGGUUCAGGCACAUGGCGUUCAACCAACCCCCUAGAGUCCUGGCUUCCUCCCCUCCAGCUCCCCGACUAACCCACCAGUGCCUCGGAAAGAUGGUUUCAGAGCCCAGAGCAGCUUCCCCCUAAAACCCUCCCACUCAGAGUCCACUUCCUGCUUAUGAUCCUACAGUCCCAGCAGGAACGCAGCUCUGAAAGCUCACUGUCCGCACUGUGUAGUGGAGAAAGUGCUGGAUUUGGAAUCUAGGACACUUCACGCACUUCCUGCCUCUGAUUCUUAGGAGCUCCGUGAUGGUGGGCGAGUGGAAAACCGAUCCCGGGAACCAGGCUCCCAGGCGUGGUGUGAGAACUAGGAUCACGGGGUAAAAGCUGGAAGUGGCUUCCGACAUCACCUAGGCCAAGAGUUCUAAGCCCGAGAGCCAUUUAAACUAUGUUGUGAUAAGUAUUUCAGUAAAAUUGGUGGCCUUUAUACUCCUAUACUUUGUUCAUUUUAAAACCUCAUUCUGAUAAGAGACCCGAGGGCUUCACCCCAUUUCAGAAGGGUCUGGGAUCUCCUGAAGGCAACAGACGCAGCAAGCCCUGGGUGGUCGAGGGAUGGGCGUAAGGCA